GAAGGUCACAGGCAGGCACACGGCUAGCCUGUAGCAUCACUCAGCUAACACUAGACUACUGCAAACAUGCAAGAAUGGGCGAAUCAGUUAUGCGAGAAUCGACAAUUUGGAUCCAAGAUGACGGACUCCAAGUACUUCACCACUACCAAGAAAGGCGAGAUCUUUGAGCUCAAGGCAGAGCUGAACAGCGAUAAGAAAGAGAAGAAGAAGGAGGCUGUGAAGAAGGUCAUUGCGUCUAUGACAGUUGGCAAGGAUGUCAGCGCUCUGUUCCCAGAUGUCGUGAACUGCAUGCAGACGGACAACCUAGAACUGAAAAAGCUGGUCUACCUCUACCUGAUGAACUAUGCCAAGAGUCAGCCAGACAUGGCCAUCAUGGCCGUCAACACCUUUGUGAAGGACUGUGAAGACCCCAACCCUCUGAUCCGGGCGCUCGCUGUCCGCACUAUGGGCUGCAUCCGUGUGGACAAGAUCACUGAGUACCUCUGCGAGCCGCUGAGGAAAUGUCUGAAGGAUGAAGACCCAUAUGUGAGGAAGACCGCUGCUGUGUGUGUCGCAAAGCUCCAUGACAUCAACGCCCAGUUGGUGGAGGAUCAAGGCUUCCUGGACACGCUCAAAGACCUCAUCUCUGACUCUAACCCCAUGGUCGUAGCAAACGCAGUGGCAGCGCUCUCUGAGAUAGCAGAGUCACACCCCAACAGUAAUCUCCUGGACCUGAACCCUCAGACCAUCAACAAGCUGCUGACGGCUUUGAAUGAGUGCACAGAGUGGGGACAGAUAUUUAUUCUCGACUGUCUGGCCAAUUACACACCUCGUGAUGACCGUGAGUCCCAAAGCAUCUGCGAGCGUGUCACCCCGCGCCUCUCACAUGCCAACUCUGCGGUGGUGCUGUCAGCGGUUAAAGUUUUAAUGAAGUUCAUGGAGAUGCUGCCCAAAGACUUGGACUACUACGGCACCCUGCUGAAGAAGCUCGCCCCUCCUCUGGUCACUCUGCUCUCUGCUGAGCCGGAGCUGCAAUAUGUCGCCCUCAGAAACAUCAACCUCAUCGUACAGAGACGCCCAGAGAUCCUGAAACACGAGAUGAAGGUUUUCUUUGUGAAGUACAACGACCCCAUAUAUGUCAAACUGGAGAAGCUGGACAUCAUGAUUCGUCUGGCAUCUCAAGCGAACAUCGCCCAGGUCCUGGCUGAGCUAAAGGAGUACGCCACUGAGGUGGAUGUGGACUUUGUCCGUAAAGCCGUCAGAGCCAUCGGCCGCUGCGCCAUCAAAGUCGAGCAAUCAGCGGAGCGCUGUGUCAGCACGCUGCUAGACCUCAUCCAGACCAAGGUCAACUACGUGGUGCAGGAGGCCAUCGUGGUCAUCAAGGACAUCUUCCGCAAGUACCCCAACAAGUACGAGAGCGUGAUCGCCACUCUCUGUGAAAACCUGGACUCCCUGGAUGAGCCCGAGGCUCGUGCCGCCAUGAUCUGGAUUGUGGGAGAGUACGCUGAGCGCAUUGACAACGCCGACGAGCUGCUGGAGAGCUUUUUGGAGGGUUUCCACGAUGAAAGCACUCAGGUGCAGCUGCAGCUUCUGACGGCCAUCGUCAAGUUGUUCCUGAAAAAGCCGACUGAGACCCAGGAGCUGGUGCAGCAGGUGUUGAGCCUGGCUACACAGGACUCUGAUAACCCAGACCUCAGGGACCGCGGCUACAUCUACUGGCGCCUGCUCUCCACAGACCCCGUAGCGGCUAAGGAGGUGGUCCUGGCUGAGAAGCCCCUGAUCUCUGAGGAAACAGAUCUGAUUGAGCCCACGCUGCUGGAGGAGCUCAUCUGCCACAUCGGCACUCUGGCCUCCGUCUACCACAAGCCUCCCAGCGCCUUUGUGGAGGGCAGCCGUGGUGUUCAGCACAAGAGGCUCCCUGGCAGUGCCGGAUCUGGAGAGAGUGUCGACAGCCCAGACCCUGGUUCUGCUGCUGGAGCGUCUGAGGCGCCCCCUGCUGUCAUCCCAUCCCAGGGAGACCUCCUGGGAGAUCUGCUCAAUCUGGACCUGACACCUCCAACCACCACUGGACCUCCACCAGCCCCCUCCUCUGGCAUGCAGUUGGGUGCCAUGGACCUCCUCGGAGGGGGACUGGACAGCUUGAUGGGGGAUGAGUCUGAGCCGCCGCCCAUCCCCCUGCGGACGGACACUCCUCAGUCACCUCAGCUCCAUCAGUCCCCAUCGCCCCCAGAUUACAGCCCCACUGAGCUCGGAGGAGACCUCGGAGGAGGUGCAGCUAUGGGUGCUGGAUUUGGUGCUGCUCCUGCUGCAAUGCCAGCGUCUUUCGGCGCCCCUGUCAGCGGCGGUCUGGAUGACCUGUUUGAUCUCGGAGGGGGAGUUGGUAUGCCUAUGGGAGCCUACAGCCCACCGAAAACAAUUUGGCUUCCAGCCAUGAAGGCUAAGGGUCUGGAGAUAUCAGGCACGUUUGCCCGCCGUGCUGGGGUCAUCCAAAUGGAGAUGACCCUCACAAAUAAAGCUAUGAGUGUAAUGACUGACUUUGCCAUCCAGUUCAACAGAAACAGCUUUGGUCUCGCUCCAGCUGGUCCGCUCCAGAUUCUCACUCCUCUGAGCCCCAACCAGAGCAUCGAAGCGAGCCUCCCUCUCAGUACUGUGGGACCGGUUAUGAAGAUGGAGCCUCUCACUAACCUGCAGGUGGCUGUAAAGAACAACAUUGACGUAUUCUACUUCAGCUGCCAGUACCCCAUCAGCAUGCUGUUUGUAGAGGACGGGAAGAUGGAGCGCCAGGUGUUCCUCGCCACAUGGAAAGACAUUCCUAACGACAAUGAGUCCCAGUUUCAGAUCAAAGACUGCCAUCUCAGCUCAGAUGCCGCCUCCAACAAACUGCAGGGCAGCAACGUCUUCACCAUAGCCAAGCGGACAGUGGAGGGUCAGGACAUGUUGUAUCAGUCCAUGAAACUCACCAACGGCAUCUGGGUGCUGGCCGAGCUGCGGGUGCAGACAGGAAACCCAAACUACACAGUCUCUCUGAAGUGCAGAGCUCCAGAAGUCUCCCAGUGUGUGUUCCAGAGCUACGAGGCCAUGCUGAAGAACUGAAAACCCCAACCCCGUCAUCGACCCGGCUGCUGACACCUCCUCCUGAUCUCUCCCCUCACCUGACCCAGCGAGCAGAUUACACACACUCACGUAGAGCAGGAGCCUCUUCCCCCUGCUGGGGAGGCUGCACUCUGUGUGUCAUCCAGCUGUUAAACUAGGAUUAAUGAUGAUUUCUGUUCCAUUUCAACACGUCUCAAAGUUUUCUCAAAACUUCAGAAAUGUCUGCUUUAGUCUCUCCUGCCCCUUCUUUGUCUGCUUUUUCUUUUUUUCCACCCAUAGCUUCACUUUCUCAAUCAACACUUUCACACUCGUCUCCACCUGAGCCAUCCAGCGAUUCUCUCUGGUGCAGACGUCAGUAGGACUUGGAAAUCUCACGUCUGUUUUCUCUGCAUGAGGCUCUCUGAUCAUUAUCCAGCCCCCACUUCUCUGCAAAUUGAGUCUAUUUUUAGCACCUGCAAAUCAGCAGGUGAACCAUCGCUGUCGGCACAUUUAUUUCGGGGCACGCUCAGUUCGAAUGCGACAGGCCUUAACCCUCUCCUCUCCUCUCCCCCCCCCCCCCGUGUGUGAAGGCCUCUGAAGUCACAUAAAACAUAUUUGUUGUCUUUGUCAUUCUGUAGAGUUUGCAUUAGCGUCCGUGGGAUCACAUCCUCGGCAGACUGUCUGACGUGUGCAUGGAGACUUUUUUUCUGGUGUGUUUUCUUUGAGUUAUUUCUUUAAUUUUCUGGACGUGUUUUAGACCAUGCAGCAGUUUUCCGCUGCGUGCUCUCUUAGUCAUUCCAAGCUUUCGUUUUUUGUGUGUGUAGUCUUGUUAGCGUACACGUGUCAGACGGGGGAGAGAGGGCCUCAGGUGUUGAGGAUUUUGUUUGUGCCGCUUCGCCCUGCAUCAGUGUCAGCCACUCGGGCGCUCUCUGCCACUUUGCUCUCUCUCUCUCUCUCUCUCUCUCUCUCUCUCUCUCUCUCUCUGUAUCCUGAUAGCGGCUCUGUCAAGCACCACCUGAGAUGAAGGCUCGGGUGAGAUAUCUCCACACUUUAAAAAAACAUGUAAGUUUGUCACACCUGAGUAAUUAUGAGCGUACAUGUAGGAGGCACAAAAGGAGGCUCGAACGUCUUCCAGUGCUUCAGUUUGACAUUCAGACUCGAGAUGAAUUGGAUUUCUUUUUUACGAGUCAUUACACUGGAGCUCAUUUUAUCAGCUCUACAGGAUGUAUGCACUUACUCUAACACCUUGUUAAGAUAACAGAGGAGGCUGUGGAUUCUGAGUGUGUGUCUUUGUGUGUGUGUGUGUGUGCGUGUGUGUGUGUGGGGUGAUGGCUGAUUCAUAUGCUGUAAAAAAUCAAAUAUUUAAUCAGAUGCUUUUGAUUUUUUUUUUUUUCAUUGUGUGUACAUCAUUUGAAAAAAAAGACCCAUUAAAAGUCUUGAUGAAU